AUGUCAAAAGUACAAUCGUCUGUUCGUAAAUAUGUUGCUGAAUUUGAAGAAAAUAUUUUUGCAUGUGACGGGGGAAUUCUUUUUUGUAAAGUAUGUGAGAUUAAAGUCAAUAGUGUAAAGCGCUUUACUGUUACACAGCAUUUGAAAAGGGAUAAACACAUCCGUGCUGUUCACAGGAAAAAUGAGAAUAAAUCAAAAUUUCAACAAUUAUUGCCUAAUAUACCGGACAAAUUUAUGUUCGCCAAAGAUUUAUGCAACACAUUACUACUAGCAAAAUAUCCCUUUGGAAAAAUUGGGAAAUAG